AUGGCUGCUUUCACUUGUACCUCUCGUCCUCCGGUUUCUCUCCGUUCAGAGACGAAGAUCGCUUCCUCACCAUCGGCUUCUCUCAAUGCUCGCCGGAUGUUCGCCGUGUUACCGGAAUCAGGAGGAUUGAGAAUCCGUCUUUCUCUCUCUCCGGCUUCGUUGACCUCGAUUAAUCCUAGGGUUUCUCCUCGUCUACGAAGAGCCGUCGUCUGCGAAGCUCAGGAAACUACUACUGACAUUUCAGUAGUCAACGACUCGACAUGGGAGUCUCUAGUUCUCAAGGCAGACGGGCCUGUACUGGUCGACUUUUGGGCACCAUGGUGUGGACCUUGCAAAAUGAUUGACCCGCUCGUGAAUGAACUAGCACGACAGUACGCCGGGAAGGUCAAGUUCUACAAACUAAACACCGAUGAGUCUCCUUCAACACCAAGCCAGUACAAUGUUAGAAGCAUCCCAACGAUCAUGAUCUUUAUCAAUGGCCAGAAGAAGGAUGCAAUCAUAGGUGCAGUGCCCAAAUCCACACUCACAUCUAGCAUCGACAAAUUAUUGCAAUGA